AUGGAGAAUCCUGACUCGAGUGGCCGGAGACGAGAAGUUGUGUCGAUUGGGCUUUUAUUAUUCACUCAAGCAGCCGACCGGAAGUCCCGACGCUGCUUGAAACGCAGCCUGGCGGCGGCGGCUCGGGCUGGGGAGGGGCUCUGCCACGUCGGUUCAAUAAACUUUAGCCCCGUGGCUUCCACCCGAGGGGGGAAAAUCCAUGCAGAGGUCCUACAUCAAGAAAUUGGAGGCUUGAUCAACUCUGAUGGUGAAGAAGUGGAUUUCUCCGAUCUCAGAGUGAAUCUGACCUCUGGCACUGUACACGGAGAGGUUCUCUCAAAGAAGUUUAAUCAAAGUGAGAAUGACAAGCCCCCAUCCCUUCAUAGCUGCUCGGUGUGUGGAAAAGACUUCCCUUACGCCUCCAAACUCAAGCGCCACUUACGCACCCACUCGGGAGAGAGGCCUUUCCCCUGCUCCAUGUGUGAAAAGAGAUUCCCGGAAAAGGGGCUCCUCAUGAUCCACGAAAGAGUCCACACGGGGGAGAAGCCCUUCCCGUGCACUUUCUGUGAGAAACGGUUCGCCAGCCAGGGGGAGCUGAGGCUACACCGGCGGACGCACACCGGCGAGAGGCCGUACCACUGCUCCAUCUGCCUGAAGAGCUUUUCCCGCCACUGGCACCUGAAAACCCACCUGGAGGCGAUGCACUCCGAGGUGGUGGCGGGCUUCACCAGGAAGAAGUUCCCUUGCUCGGACUGUGACAAGAGCUGCAACUCGGCCGCCGAGCUGCGGGACCAUCAGAGGACGCACACCGGGGAGAGGCCCUUCCAGUGCUCCUUCUGCGACAAGCGCUUCGCGCUGUCGGGCACGCUGGUCCGACACGAGCGCCUGCACACCGGCAUCACGCCCUACCACUGCUCCGACUGCGGGAAGACGUUCGCCCAGCAGUGGACGCUCACCACCCACAUGCGGACGCACACGGGGGAGAAGCCCUACAGCUGCACGCAGUGCAGCAAAUCCUUCGUGGCGCCGGGCGAGCUCCGCAGGCACAGCCGGAUCCACACGGGGGAGAAGCCCUACAGCUGCGCCGACUGCGGGAGGCACUUCUCGCUGGCGGGGACGCUCAGAAACCACAGGCGCUCGUGCACACAGAACAAGGACGACCCCGCCGCUGUUGUCCCGGACGAAGUCCAGGAUCCGCCACACGAGCCGUCCCGGAGACGCCUGGCCAGCGACGCCCUGAGUAAGGCGUCCGACGGCCAGAGUCUGCCCAGUGAUGCCAAUCACUUUCCCUCAGAGGGGCUUACCUGUGUCAAAGCAGCGCAACGUGAGACUAACCCAGUAGAACCACCGGAGCAGCCGGAGCACAGCGUUUCCACUCCUCUUGUGAAUGUAAUAAUAAAAGAGGAGGAAGAGGAAGAGCCAUUAUGCGUGGAAGAAAGCCCAGAUGUGGCUUCUGGGGGGGAAGACAGCACCAUGCCAGAGGAACCUGAAGGUGAGCACCAGGAAAGCGUCACAGGAAUAAGGAUUACAGUCAAGGAGGAAGAAGAGGAAACGGCCAGCAGUAAGGAAAAUACACAACAGCAGAGUUUAGUGUCAAAAGAAGAUGCAAAUCAAGUCCCAGGCGGCGAAAAAGACAGUGUUCCAUCAUCACCUGGGCGAAAAAAGUGCAGUAAAAUUCCAACAAAGAGUUCUUAUUGCUGCGGGCUCUGUGGAAGAGACUGCCACAAGAUGUCAGCGCUCCAAAUCCACAUGCGAAUUCACUCGGGAGAGAAACCGUACCAGUGCACUCUGUGUGGAAAACAGUUCACCCAGAAAGGCCAGCUCAAAGGCCACUAUAAAGUGCACACGGGCGAAAAGCCCUUCUCCUGUCCGGACUGCGGCAAGAGUUUUGCCCACUCGGGUGCAAUGAACAGACACCGACUGACUCACACAGGGGAGAGACCCUACCACUGCUCAGUGUGCGACAGGAGCUUCAACCAGUCGGGUCGCUUAAGGGAACAUGAAAAGAUCCACUUUGGGGAAAAGUUUGACUGCUCCGAGUGCGAGAAAAGCUUCACACGCGCGUCCAGCCUCAAGAACCAUUUCAGGCUCCACACCGGCGAGAGACCCUACGGCUGCGACAUCUGUGGGAGAGGGUUCAGCCGCUCGCAAAGCCUGAGACUCCACAGACGGAAGCACCAACAGAUUCAGACAGAGGUGGAGUCUCCAGUCACCCGGAAGAGUGCUGACUUCUCCCAGAGCGACGACAACUCUCCAGUUAACAUGUGCAUCACAGACAAAAAUUACUGA